ACUCACGCACGCGCACGCAGAGGGAGGGGAGGGAGUGUCUCCGCGCGCUCAGCUCUCAGUUUCAUUGACUUCAUGUGAAACUCAGCUCAACUUUAGUUUUUACUCUUUCUUAUUUUAUAUAUGUAAUAAAAACAUCUUCGGUUUCUUUUUCUAUUUCAGUUUCUUCUCGCUUCACGUGUUUCUCUGUGCGGAAAUCACGGAGCCUCGUGCGCCACCGGUUAACUCACGGACAGAGGAGCAACAGGAGGUUCCGCCGGGAAGGAGGAGGAUUUAACGGGGACUUGUUCACCAAAGCUGCGGCUCUUUUCGUUCCGUCUGUCCCGGUAACCGAUUCAUACAUCUGGACCGGACCGACCGGAGCUUCUGUCUGACCCGGGAUAUCCGCUGCCUGACCCGCGACAGAGCCUCUGCUGUCAGACCGUUUGUCCUCCAUCAUGGGCUCCUCAGCGGUCAGCGUUGGUUUGCGCUCCCGCCUGGUUCUGGUUCUGGUCCCGGUUCUGGUCCUGGUCCUGGUUCUGGUUCAUCCUGCUACAGGAUACAAUCUAGAUCAGGACCACAGUCUGGAGUUCAGCGGUCCACCUUCCUCCAUGUUUGGAUACUCAGUCCUGCUUCAUCGGCACAAAUCUCACCGCUGGUUGGUGGUCGGGGCUCCAGUGGCGAACUUGUCCUACAGUCCGUCGGUUGAAUCUCCCGGUGCCGUUUUCCGCUGCAAUGUCACGUCUGAGCACCGGCGCUGCCACCACAUGCGUGCUGACGUGUCGACGUGUGGGAAGACGUGUGAAGCGGAGAGUGACCGUCAGUGGCUAGGAGUCAGUCUGUCCAGACAGCCUGGAGACAACGGAGGACACGUCCUGGCAUGUGCACACCGCUGGAAGAACGUCUACUACUCAAAGAAGGACAAUCAGAACAACAAGCUGCCCAAUGGCGUCUGUUAUCGCUACGGCAGCGACCUGGGACACGCCCAACCCAUCAUCCCCUGUUACAGAGACCACCAGAGGAAGUUCGGUGAGGAUUAUGGAUCAUGUCAGGCAGGAAUUUCCAACUUCCUGACUGAGGAUCUGAUCAUCAUGGGGGCACCGGGGACGUCUUAUUGGACGGGUUCGGUUCUGGUCUACAACACGUCCAGCAGAGGGAUGUCGGUGUACCUGGAUGACGAGAACGGAGCCGUUAGCUUUGGAAGCUACCUGGGUUAUUCUGUCGGAGCAGGUCACUUCUUGAGCCCUCUAAGUAUGGAGGUUGUGGGUGGAGCUCCACAAUACAACCAGAAGGGCAAAGUCUACAUCUUCACUGUAGACUCCAACAUGCUGCGAGUCGUGUCUGAAGUGUCCGGGAAAGAGCUGGGAUCCUACUUCGGCUCCAGCGUUUGUGUCGUUGACCUGAACGCCGACGGUUUGUCAGACCUGUUGGUCGGCGCUCCCAUGGCAACAGGCAUCGCCAGGGAGGAAGGAAGAGUACAUGUGUACAUCAACCAGGGACAGGCGAAGCUGCUGGAGGCCGAGUUUCAGCUGAGCGGCAGCAACGCCUACGCCGCCCGGUUUGGAGAAACCAUCGCCCACCUGGGAGACCUGGACGACGACGGUUACCCCGAAGUGGCAGUUGGUGCCCCACAGGAAGACGACCUCAGAGGAGCCGUCUACGUCUACAACGGCAGGAAGGACGGCGUUUCACCCACUCCAUCUCAGAGGAUUUCUGGAUCCGCUCUGGGUCGUAACCUCCGGAUGUUCGGUCAGUCGCUGAGUUCUGGAAUUGACAUCGAUGAUAACGGCUACCAGGAUGUGGCAGUCGGAGCGUUCCUCUCGGACUCGGCUGUGGUUCUCAGGACCCGUCCGGUGAUUCAGGUGAAGGCAUCUCUGACUCUGCCUGAGCAGAUCGACCAGCGUGUGGCGCUGUGUCAUGAGCACAAGACUCCAACCGUCUGCCUCAACGUGACCAUCUGCUUCAGCGUGAAGUCCAGGCGGUUCAGAGGACCUAUAGAACUUCAGUAUAAUCUGACCGCUGACCUCCUCCAUAAACCGACCUUCCCUCAUCGUUUCUAUUUCCACGGUAACGGAUCAUCCAAUAGCACAAAGGGACAUCUGAGAGCACGACAAGGACACCUGAUGUGUAAAACGCACGUGGCUUACCAAAGGAAAGACGUGAGGGACAUUUUUACUCCGGUUCAGUUUGAGGUUUCCUAUAGUCUGAAGGACACAAACACCCACAGAGGUUCAUCCAAAACCUUUCCUCCGUUGAAGCCGAUUCUGAAGCAGAGUCCAGGACACCACAACACCAUCUCCAACCAGACGUGGUUCUCUCGUUCCUGCUCUCUGGUGAACUGUUCGACCGACAUGCAGCUCUCGACUGAACUGCUGCUUCCACAUCAGCAGGACUACUUUGCUCUGGGCUCCGGACAGACCAUCAUGUUGAAAGCCUCGGUGCUGAACUCUGGAGACGACGCCUUCCUGCCUAAACUGACGCUGCGAUUCCCUGACAACAUCCACUACAUUAAAGUGCUGCAGAACCAGGACAACGUGGUCAAUUGUGACGUCAUACAGGAGGUGAACACGACAACGGUGGGCGUCGACUGCAGCGUCUCCAGCCUCCUCCUUCCAGCUAAAUCCCAGCUGAAUAUUGGCUUUCUGUUGGACGUCAACCAGAGCAGCACACCUGGUAACAUCUCCAUUCAUGUGAACGCCUACAGUGAUAACUAUGAAAAGGAGGAGUAUCUCCAUGACAACUCCAUGAAGCUCACGUUUCCUCUCAGAUAUGGACUCACCGUCAACAUCCACGGGUUUGUGACUCCCACCUCAUUUGUGUUUGGAGAUGAAGAUCUGGUUCCAGCCAACUGCUACUCUGAGAGAUUCAACUACACGUACAAGGUGUUAAACUCUGGACCUAGCAGGUCGGUGGACACUGUGAUCGAGAUCGCGCUGCCAAAGAUCCUCACACCUUACGAACACCGACUGCUGAAGGUGCUGGAGUGGCAGUCGUCUCAGGGUGUUUGUUCGAUCAGCGACAAGACGGUUUCAGUCAACGAGGACUGUGAGGUCCCUCAAGCUUCCUUCAUAAAACAGCUCAUCUUCUUCUUCUCGCCCACAUCCACACGCAGAAUGUUUUGUGGCCGGCGCGACACACUGUGUGAGCGGUUGGUGUGUCGCCUCGGUAAUCUGGAGGCGGGGAGGGACGCUACCAUCAAACUGGAGAUCAGCCUGAACCCUGCUGUUCUACUGCAAGCUCCGGGUCGCCACGGCAUCAUGUUGCUGGAGAGCACAGCAAGGAUGUCGUCUCCCAGAAACGAUUCUCACACCAUCAUCAUCCAGGAUCAACCUGUAGCACAGGUGGUGGUUGAAGCCGUUUCUACCCAGAAACCCUCGAUGCCGGUGAAGAUCUUCAUCAUCGUCGUCAGUUUAGUUCUGGGGCUGAUGAUCCUGGCUGCUCUCAUCUGGUGCUUGUGGAAGGCUGGUUUCUUUAAGAGAGACUUCCAGAAGAAGCAGGAGGAAUUCAACAGGGACAGCUGGGACUAUGUUCCUAAACUGGACAAAAGAGAAAGCACUACUUAACCCCGGCCGCUGCCUCUGGACGUGACCUCUGACCUUCUUACUGUAACUGUACGACAGUUUUAACAAGACAUUAAGCGUGUGCUGACGGACGACGUGGAUAAAACACCGCAUAUUGCAGGUGAACGUCUCCAGCACCACAGGUUGGAGUGUGACGGAUGAACGCCUCCGAAACACCCCUGAAUCUGACUGUGACCUUUUAAGAUACUUUGCCUGAUGUGCCUUCACCAAGACUUGAAACGCGAUGGAUGGAGAAUAAAUGAAAAGGGAGGUAAAGUAGUCAAAGUGGACCAAACCUCGGAGCUUCCUGGGAUGAUUUUCUGGUGAUCUCAGGGAUGGAAACCUGCCUCUGAUUGGUUCAUGACUCUAGAAAAACCUUCCUUUUGUCUGUGUACAUUAUCUUCUACAUUUUCUCCUGCUGUCCACGACACCAGGAGCCGACGCUGGAUGUUAACCAGACAGAAGAAGGUGACGGCGGCUGGGAUGUCCUGGUACCGGGAGGAGAGUCAUAUGACUAUGUGGUGUCGCUCUUUUCACCUGUUCUCACUGCGGGAUUUCUUGGUUUUGAGUUCAAAUCAUUUCAGGGGAGUUGCACAAUCUGCUCAAGUAAACACGCGUUGUUUUUUUUUUGUUUUUGUUUUUUACUCCGAAUCCAGUGAUAACAAGUCGUCUUGGUCAUGCUGACUUUUAAGGGACCCCAGAGGAGAAAUUUCUUCCCUCCCAUUCAUAAAUUUGAGGAAAUGUAGGAAUCAUAUUUGCGAUCUUUGUCACUUUGACGGCAGCUCAUCACAACAUCUCAGCUGUCAGUCACUGCAGGAGAACAUCUAAUCUACAACUCUUUAUGUAGAUGUUUGCAGGGUGAAGGCCAGAAUGUGACAGAUCAGACAUGUGGAAACAAAAAACAGCAAGAAAUGUCCUGAAUGAAAGCAGAGAAAGAGCACACAGGUGGGCUAAAGUCUGAUUUAUACUCCUAGCUGGUGCACCGACAGCUCAGAUACAGUGCAGAAGUAUAAAUCAAGCUCAGGAAGAUAUUAUAGGAUCAAUAUUAAUGAUCACAACAAUGCACUUAGAAGAAAUUAACAAUGUUACCAAAUGUCCUCGAUACACUUAACGGUGCCAAAGGAUGGGGGAAUAACAAUAGUGUCACAAAGCUGUGCACAGAUGCAAACCAGGUGUAGUAAAGAGUUCUGUGACUGCGCACUUGAAAGGCAAUUAUCAUAUCUGAUUUUAUUUAUCCAUCUAUCUAAGUAGUCUUCACUGCUUCCAGUUCUCCUGCUACAGCUGGAAGUCCUGUUCUAUGAGGAUGUCAAGCUGCAACUGCAGUGUUUGCUGGAACCCAGACGGACGUAUUCGGAAACCCUCCAAAGGAAGUCUCCCCGUAGGCAUCAAAAAACACCUCAACUGGUUCCUUUAGAGGUGAAGGAGCAGCGGCUCUACUCCAAGCUCCCUCCAGAUGUCUGAGCUUCUCACCCUAUCUCCAAGGCUGGGCCCAGAUACCUUACAGAGGAAGCUCGUUUCAGCUUCUUGUAUCCGCCAUCUUGUUCUUUGGGUCACUACCCAGAGCUCAUGACCAUAGGUGAGGGUUGGAACGUAGAUGGAUGGUGAACAGAGAGCUUCUCCUUGCAGCUCAGCUCCCUCUUUACCACGACGGUUCGAUACAACGCCCACAUUACUGCUGAUGCUGCACCACUCCUCCUGUCCGCCUCGUGCUCUAUUUUCCCAUUAAAGCCCUGUGAAUGUCACAUAAAACAGACAUGCUCUUGGUGCUCCUGAUCACCUUCAUCGGUGUUGGAACUACAGCCUCUUCCUCAUCCCAGGCUGCUAACACAGAUUGUGAAGUUUGUUUUCUGGUCAAGUUGAAGAUCCACAGGGAAACUGCAAAUGUGCAGCUGCUUGUGCUGUUGCAUGCUAGUUUUCUGGGAUUCAUCCAUCAUAUUCCAGCGAUGGGAAGAUAAACUUUUCUGGACCUUAAACCCCUGUCAGCCUGAUCUUACUCUGCUUUACUGUUUCUCUGAUCUGUUGUCUGCUGCGUGGAAACAGUUCAUUCAGGGAUAUUUAAAACAGGAAAUUUUUCAAAUGUGCAAAUGAUAAAGGUGAAUGGUGACUAGAAAACAGAGGGAAGAAAUGCACGGUUCUCUUCUGCUGUCCUCCUCAGAACAUCUGUCACGUGACUUCGAGCUGUUUUGCUUUUUUUUUUUAAUGAGCAAUCAUGGCACAUCCACACAAAUGUUUGACCUGUGGAGUUCUACAAUAGAAAAGAAAGCACAUUUAAUUUAUAAAGCGCUUUUCAAGAUACUGCUCCUCGAUUUUGGACAAAACUACCAUCAUGAAAGUGCAGUUAAAGAUGCACCAGAGCAACGAAUCGAACCACAGGGUUGGACGAUGGACGACUACUUGAAAGCAGCGUUUUAAAUGUUUAAGAUAAUUAAAAGUAUUCAAAGCGUUGUUUUAUUUGCCUGUAUUCUGUGAAUGCAGACAGUUAAAACAGCAGCUUCCCUCCCCUCUCUUUAUUUAGUACAAAUGCACAUCACACAGAAAUGUAUUUUAGUAUUUUAAUAAAUGAUUUGUUGUUGUUUUUGUUUAUGUGAAGUUGUUCUGCACUGGAGUCUCACUGCUUUUAGCAACACUUUUCUAUUCAAAUUAAAGAUUUUCUAUUUAAACAACAA